AUGCUCAGAUUUCUGAGCCGAAUACGUGUGCAAAGUUUCAUCCAAAUCAAAAAUGGUCGAUAUUCGACCAUCGGUGAUUUGGCGCGAUCUUGCUCAGUAGCAACAACACUAGCCGCAGUCAUAGGAACAACAACAACUACAACAGCAAUAGAAUUAUUGGCCGCAGCACGCAUACAAUUUUCUGGACAACCAAACAAAGAUGUCAGAACAAAGUUCAUCAACUUUCAAAAAGGCGAAACAAUCAACCCGUACAGAACUGAAAAGGUUCGCACUGGCCAGACUGAAUAUGUAAACAACAAUAAUAGCGACAUCAGCAACAACAACACAACGUCAACAACCACACCACCACACGACAGCCUAUUCGAACUGGACCCAAUGCGGCCUGCUAUAGUGCGCUUAACGCAGCAGUCAACAAACGGCGAUGGGCGCUUUUUUAAGGCUGGACUUCGUGACCCGAAUAUAAUGAAAAUCGUCCGCCUGUACCUAACGUUCAUGAACGACCAGCAACCAACAGUAUGUGUAGAUGGUUACACAACCACUAUUAUCCGAAUACUGUUGGCUCCCUGAGGACUACCAGUAAGCACCGAACAUCUGCUGCGCAUUUUCCAGGAAGUUUACCAGGAAUACGGGCUUUCACCCUCAGAAGCAAAAGCUGACCUACAGACGUACAGCACCUUUCUACUUAGCGAACGGAAACAUCAGCUGCG